AUGAAUUAGUAAUUAUAGGGAAUACCAGAUAACAUUGAUUAGAGAUUAGAUUUUUUUAAUGAGCGUAAACAAUAAGAACUCUAGAAAAGGGCUAGAAUUCUUAAAUUCUCCCAUUUAAAAAAUAAAGGCUAUACUUUUGGUUUGGGUAGAAAUGUAACUUUAUUUCUUUUACAUCCUAGCCAAUCGAAAAGUAAUUAGAAACUCCAGGACCUGGUCAUUAUACAACUUAAUAGCCUGAAACACCAAUCAGUUAUAGUAUGGGUGUAAGACUCAAUCAAAAAGGUAAUUGUGAUAACAUUUUAUUAGUUUAUAAAUUUGAAGCUCCUCCUUUGGGAAGUUAUGAAAUCAAAGGAUUAGAUAAAUAUGGUUAUUAUACUAACUCCAAAUUUAAAAAUGCUUGUGCAACUCUCUUUAGUCCUCUGAAAAACAGUAAUGCUAAAUAAGUAAUGUGAAUUCAUUAAAAAGUCAAUUGUAACUCCAGGUCCUGGUGAUUAUGAAUUACCAGGAAGUAUUAAUUCGAGAGGGAAGUAUUUCGUUUCUAGUUUUAAAACAAAUUAAGGUUGGGCUCUUGGUAAAAAAUCACUUUCUUAAAGAAAACCUUAUUAUUGAAA